CACCAGGCCACAAUAUAGGGAUUGUGUGAUGGGGUUGGGGGUGUCAGCGUACCCAAAUCUGUUAUUAACCAUGCUUCAUGUAUCCAAUCCCUAUCUUGUCUCCCUUUCUUUCCUAUAUGCCUCGUUUUUUUAAUUUGCAGAUUUUUUUUAUUGCCGAGCGCGUUAGUGUGAGGCAACUACUCCGGGUUGUAUUCUCGCGAUAUGCAUAUGCGUACGUACGUACGUGUCCGUCACGCUUAAGAAUGUCAAUUAGUCACACUUAUGGAAUGUCACGCUUAAGAAUGUCAAUUAGUCACGCUUAGGAAUGUCACAUCCGUCAGUCGUAAGAAGUCUAGCUUCCGCCGUGUGCGUAGAUUCGUAGGAAGUCUGGCUUCGCGCGCAUGAGCGGCCUCUCGGACUGUUUACGCAUUGGCUGGCAGGCGCGAGGCAAAAUAUCCACGUGCGCAUUCCUAGUUUACUUGUACUUCUUCAUUUAGCUGCCCGUGAUAAAGAGUACUAACUAUGUUACCUGUGUUUAACGCCUCUGCUCAUUUAACAGAAAUUUCUUUACCAUACUUUCUCUUUUACAUUUAGCAAAUGACUGGACAUUUUACCCAUUUUCAACUAGAAAUAAAAAAGAUUACUACAAUUUAAUGUCAGUGUACAUGGACUCUGUCUUCAAUCCAAUCUUGCGACAACUCGAUUUCAGACAGGAAGGAUGGCGGCUGGAGCAUGAAAAUCCUUGGGAUCAGCAUUCAUCAAUCAUUUUCAAAGGCGUUGUUUUCAAUGAGAUGAAAGGCUAUUUUGCAAGCCCAGAGAAUGUGUAUUCACAAGUUGCUCAAAACCUUCUCUACCCCACCACAACAUAUUCCAAAGUUAGUGGGGGUCACCCGAUCUCAAUUUUAGAAUUAACUUGUGAUCAACUAAAGGCUUUUCAUGCCGAGCAUUAUCAUCCAAGUAAUGCAAGGUUUUUUACGUAUGGGAAUUUUUCACUAUGUGGUCAUCUAAAACACUUAAACCAAGAUUAUUUACAGUAUUAUGUGAAGUCUGCAGUCAACACGGAGAUACCUUACGAGCCAAGGUGGCUUGAACCAGUAAGUACAGUGCUCUAAACUUUAGAUUGUUUUUCCUGUGUGAUAACCCAUGGGAAAUGGCAUUCAAACACAUGACAUGUAUCAGCCAAAUCUUUGUGGGCUACCUUACACAGCGAUAAGGCUGUCACGCAACAGUAACACCUGUAGCAAGUGACUGGGAUUAUUAUCACAAAUUUACUAGUUCGGAUAUUAUAACUCUGGGAAACUUUUGAUCGAGUAAAGAUCUGUGUACAAGG